AUGGUUCAAAAUUAUCCAUCCGGACAUGAAAAACGCACUAAAAAAAGGAAAGAAGAACAAUUAGAAAUUUCUCAAAGAGGUGCUUUAGAUAAGUAUUUUUUAAAGAAGCCCCAAUCAAGUAAACACGCUGUUAAUUCUGAUUUGCUAGACUCAAAUAAUGUUAAUAGUGAGAAUGCUGAAAAUGUUGUUAAUGAGAAUGGUGUUAAUGACAAUGUUGAUAAUGAGAAUGUUGAACAAGAAGCUGUGAAUGAUGACACUAAUAGGGUGAAUUCGAAUAAUUUAGAUGAUUCUGCACAAGACGUAGAACAAAAUUCAGAAAAUAUUAAUCAAAAUGUUGAAGAAAAUGAGUCUGUUUUUGUUUAUAUAUAUGAUCCAAGGAUAUGGGAAGCUCUUGAUCAGAAACCAAUUGACAUUUUGGCAGUCAAUGGUCCUAAAAGAGACUUAACCAUAAUGAAAGGCCCUAAAGACAAAUUGUCUAGGAGAUUCUCUUCUAUUUUAUAUACUAGAUAUUUGCCCAAUGGUGAAACUCGCUAUAAUGAUUGGUCACAUGUUUGUGUUAGACUUAAAGAACAUGAAACAAGUGUUGAUCAUGUUUUGAAUAUGACAAUUUGGUGUGAACUAAGACAUAGAUUGCAAAAUAAUGAAACAAUUGACAAAGUUGCUCAAGAGCAAUUUGGGAAAGAGAAUGAGCAUUGGAAAAAUUUAAUCGUUAGAAUUAUUGCCAUUGUGAAGUAUCUUGGUAAAAAUAACCUCGCAUUUCGUGGAACAAACGAAAGGUUAUAUGAAAGUAGCAAUGGGAAUUUUUUAGGUUUGAUUGAAAUGUUGGCUGGGUUUGAUCCUGUGAUUAUUGAGCAUGUUCAUCGUAUCAAUAGUGGAAAGAUUUAUCAUCAUUAUCUUAGUCAUGAUAUUCAAAAUGAGUUGAUACUCCUACUUGCUUCUAAAAUCAGAAAUGCUAUUAUCAAGAAAGUAAAAGAAGCAAAAUAUUUUUCUGUGAUGUUGGACUGUACACCUGAUGCUAGCCAUCAAGAGCAAAUGACUUUAAUUUUGAGGUGUGUUGAUGAAUGUUCUAAUUCUUAUAAAGUUCAAGAAUUUUUUAUUGAGUUCUUACAAGUUAAUGAUACAACUGGUCUAGGACUUUUUCAAGUGUUAGAAAAUGUGUUGAAAGCUCACGAUCUUGAAAUAGAUAAUGUUAGGGGUCAAGGAUAUGAUAAUGGGUCUAACAUGAAAGGUAAACAUCAAGGUGUACAAAAGAGACUCUUGGAUAUAAAUCCUAGAGCUUUCUAUAGUCAAUGUGGUUGUCAUAGUCUUAAUUUAGUUUUGUGUGACAUUGCAAAUGCUUCAUCAAAAGCAAGAGACUUUUUCGGAAUAGUCCAACGCAUUUAUACCAUAUUUGCUAAUUCUACAAAGAGAUGGCAUAUUUUAAAAGACAAUGUGAAAGGUUUGACUCUUAAAUCAUUAUCUGCCACUCGAUGGAAAAGUCGUGUUGAAAGUAUUAAAGCAAUAAGAUUUCAAGUUGCUGAUAUAUGUGAAGCAUUAUAUGAAGUAGCUGAUGUAGGUGAUGUUGAAAAUGACCACAAACUACAAAGUGAAGCUAGAUCUUUAGCAAAAAAUGAGCUUAGUAGUUUUGAAUUUUUACUUGCUACAAUCAUUUGGUAUGAAAUUUUGUGUGCUGUGAACUUUGUAAGCAAACAUUUACAGGUUGAUUUCCUUUUCAAAAAAUACAGAGAUAAUGGUUUUUCAAAUGCCAUGGAUACUGCAAAAAAGUUAGCUAUUGAACUUGGAAUUGACCCAGUAUUUCCUCAAAGGCGUAUAAUACGUAGAAAACGACAAUUUGAUGAAAUUGAUGGUGAAGAAAGAUCAUUAUCUCCUGAGGAAUCAUUUAGAAUUGAGUACUUUAUAUACAUUGUGGAUCAAGCUAUUGCAUCCUUGGAAAAAAUGUUUGAACAAUAUGAAUCGUAUGAGAAUAUCUUUGGUUUUUUGUUCAAUUCUGAUAAGUUGCAGUCAAUGGAUGACAUUAAACUCAAAUCUUGUUGUUAUCAUUUUGAAGGUGCUCUUAAGAAAGGUGAGGUAUCUGAUAUUAGUGGAAAUGAUUUAUUUGUUGAGUUAAAAUUAUUUAGAGAGCUUAUACCCAAAGAGAAAAUGGAAGCGAUCGAUUUAUUAAAUUUUUUAAAACGAUUUAAUUGCUUCCCAAAUGUGUCUAUUGCAUACAGGAUCCUAUUAACUAUUCCCGUUACUGUUGCUUCUGCAGAACGAAGUUUUUCGAUGUUGAAUUUGUUGAAGUCGUAUUUAAGGACAACUAUGUCGCAAGAAAGACUAAAUGGGCUCGCUUUAAUGGCUAUUGAAUCUGAUCUUUUGGACGAAGUCAAUGUCGAGGCUGUUAUUGAUGAUUUUGCUACAAAACAUGCAAGGAGGGCUACACUUUUUAAGUGA